CUGAGCCUGGAGGUGGUACCUGAGGUACAAUAAUCCGUAUAUUAUCUACAUCAUUCCCAAGAGGUCCCACCUUUAAUUCAGUAUGCAAAGCAAUUAAAAAGGGCUCCCUUUGAUUCCCCACCCUCUCGCUUUUUAAACUGCUUUUUAAACAAAGCGUCUGUGAGCGUUGAUUAUGUCCUGGAUGUACGUGUUGUAAACCAUUGAUUGAUCUUUUCAUCUCCAUUCCUACAAUCGUCUGUCUGUCUGUCUACAUGCACUCAAAUACCCUUCCUGCAGGAGAAACAUAUGCGGUUCGAGUAUGUGAUACGGACGUACGUAUAUCUGUAUAAAUGUCUUAUUAAUUCAUUAUCCUGACAGGCUCGAGCAGCGUGGCUUUCUCUUGCGAACGUCCAUAUCAUCUAACCCCAGCCUGGCUUCGCCAUGAAGUUCGCCAUGAAGAAGUUCUUCCGCCGUAGCAAGAAAUCGUCGGAACCGCCUCAACCAACUGAUUUCUCAACUUAUGGCGGCUACGGUCGAGAUGAUCAUCACUCGUAUAACUCUCGUCAGAACGGUUACCAAAACGGUUACCAGAACAAUUACCAGAACAACUAUGCCGGUAUAGACGCUGGAAGAGGUCGCGUCUUCGCUCCCUGGCUAGAGCUACCCCCUCCUAUCUUGGAGAGGGUAUUCUCCUUCGUCUGCCCACAUUGCUGCGACGAGUCGUACGAGACAUGUGAACAAAGCGCCUUGGAGGAUGCCUGUAUGCUCUGCGACCUGCGCGACCUCUCCCACGCUGGCCAAGUCUGUAAGCGCUGGAGGGUGGCGGCCGUCAAGUUGAUGUACCAUAGUAUCCGUAUCGAUUCCGUACACUAUUGCGAAUUGGAGAUCGACCUAUCCGAGAAACGAAAACGCAGGAGUCGCUUUGAUCGCAAUGGGCUCCCCGAAGACACAGCCAACGCUCGGUUACAGCUGCUAUGCCGCUCACUGCGUGAAGACCCAACCCGGCUCGGCAAGCUCGUCCAAUACUUCAAGACACCCUAUAUGCUGAGAGAGUCGAGUAGCUCUACGUUGGCAAGGACCAUUGCAGUCUUGCCAAACCUCCGCUACGUCGACUUACCCGAGGGAUUGUACUGCGAUGAUCCUGCUUAUCAUACUCUGAAGCUCGAGGUACAGGCCCGUUGUCCUGACCUCAGGAAGAUGGCCUAUACAGGUGGCAGCGAGCGGAGCUUGGAGGCGUUGAGCACGGGCAGCUUUUGGCAGAACCUCGAAGUAGUGGAGUUGACUAGGAUCAGCAUGGAUCCUGCAGCGUUACGCCAUGUCCUGGCGGUACUUCAGCGCCUGCGCGCUCUGAAGGUGACUGACUGUAGGAUCAUAGAUGACGACAUAUUUAGGUACAACGACGUGCUACCUGCCUUUCCGGCUUUGGAAGAAAUUAUAUUGAUAGAUACGCCAAGAGUUACUGCCGACGGCCUUGUGGCGUAUUUGUCUAGAGACGACACACAGAGGCAACUGAAGGUAUUGUCUCUUUCCAACACCGGUGUUCAGGCUCCCAACCUAUACACCGUGUUGGCGCAAGCCCCGAACCUUACAGCACUCUCUGUUAUUGAUCAGGUAGACUCGGUAUUUCCUUCUCACUCCAUUCCUCCCUUGGUCAACUGGUCCCUACAAACGCUGCGCUACGAAAUCACGGCGUCGUCAGCUACCCCUGCCUACGUGGGUCUCACGGCCGGUUAUUAUAACUACCUAGCUUCCUCCCUUUUUGCCGGAGGUUUACCGCGUCUCUCGGCCGUGUACGUUCGCGAUCAAAACUUCCCAGACCUUCUCCUUGGUCUUCCACCGCCUAUGCCCAGCUUUGCAGGAGGACAGCAACGUCCCAGCAGCUCAAGUAGCGCCGCCAUGUUCAACGUGGGCAACGGGCUCCCCUCGCCGGGCCUUACGGGAAGCUUUAGCAAUGCCUCUCCACGCUUUAGCUCCAAUAACCCGUUCGCGGCAGCACUUGGACCAUCGAAAACAGGCACGCGGCUACUCAGCCAGUCAUUGGAGGUUUUUACGAAAGGAGAAGACGACCUUGAUUGGGGAAGCAUUAGAAUGGACCCCUUCGAUGCCUACAAUGGUAUGAGUAACGGGCGUAAAGGCCAUCGAAGCAACGGCUCGCUCAGUGGCCGGCCCCUGAGUAGCUACGGCCUUGCGGAUGUAGGUUCUGGAUGGCAAUCUGGAGGAUCUCGAAAAGGCUCGCUUUCUCAGGCAAUGGGUCAUCUCUCUGUGCCAGCUGGGCAUGCUCGUAAUGGAAGCACUGCGAGCUCGAGCAGCCUUAGAGAUGACGCAUGGCCUCGUCCCGGCAGUAGUCAUGGAAAGAAGAAGGGCGAUCGAGACCUGUGGCGCUGAACGAGAAGAAGCCACUCGGUUCCUACAGUAACAAGAAGAAAACAGAACAAAACAAAACAAUACCCAGGUCAUAUAGAUGACCAUAAAUGUCCAUCUCAAGGCGAAAAAGCGCGUACUUGGGUACCCAAUCGGCUUUUAAAUGGCACAUGUCGACGUUCCAGGGCUAUUAAUCAGAGCUCUACUAGCGAACACUACGGGGAAGUAGCAAGUGAGGCGUAAUGAUAUUCACGUAAUAAAUCAUGAAAUAGGGAAAUAGGAGAUGGUAGGAUUUGUAAUGAUCCGCGAGCAUUGUUAGCUACCUACAUAGUACUAAUUUCUUUACGGGAGAUUAGCUAUGGCUGUGGAAGUGAAAGACAAAAAGCACAUUCCUAUGUUGUAGUAUAUAUAAUCUAGUCUGCUUCUUCUAGUUCUAGUUUAACUAUACGGUUUUUUUUUAAAAAAAAACAAAAAUAACAAUAACAAUAAUAAUAAUAAUAAUAAUAAUAAUAAUAA